GUUUUGGGAAGAAAGACCUCAGUUAUCAUCUGCCUUCUCCUGCUGCAGCUUCAUCAUUUCUGAAGGAUGAGAGUCUUGGUCAGUGUAUUGUUGGUAGCUCUGGUUUCAGCUGAGGCAAUAAUUGGGGACCUCGGAGGUCUUGGGAAUGGAGUCGGCCUUGGAGUCCUUGGAAUAGGACAAGUGGGAGAUGGCUACGGUACUGGGCUUGGAGGAGGACAAGGUCUUGGAGGAACUAGAUAUGGCAAUGGUCUUGGAGGAGGCCUUGGAGGGGCUGGUUACGGAAACGGUCUUGGAGGAGGCCUCGGAGGAGCUGGUUAUGGUAACGGUCUAGGAGGAGGCCUCGGAGGAGCUGGUUACGGUAACGGUCUAGGAGGAGGCCUCGGAGGAGCUGGUUAUGGUAAUGGUUUAGGAGGGGGCCUUGGAGGGGCUGGCUACGGUAACGGUCUAGGAGGAGGUCUUGGAGGAAGUGGCUAUGGUGAUGGUCAGGGAUUUGGCCUCGGGGGAAAUGGAUAUGGCUCUGGUUUGGGAGGUGGCUUUGGGGGAAAUAGAUAUGGCUCUGGUCUUGGAGGUGGCUUUGGGGGAAAUGGAUAUGGCUCUGGUCUGGGAGGUGGCCUUGGUGGAAAUGGCUACGGUGACGGUCUAGGAGGAUACGGACUCGGUGGAGGACUUGGUCAAGGAUUAGGACUUGGAAAUGGACUGGGUGGUAUUGGUAUUGGUCUUGGCCAGAGAGGAAUUGGAAACGGGCUCGGAGGAAAAGGUGGACUUGAGGGGAUAAUUGGCCAAGGAUUAGGUCUUAUACCGGGGCUUGGUGGACUUACUUAUGGCCUUGGUCGUUAACGCUGCCUCAUAUUUGGCAGGCGCCUAGUAUUGAAACUGUGAUAUAUAUUAACAUGAGUUUAAAAUGUUAAUGUAAAAUAAUUCAGGUUUUCAAAUGGAAUUAUUUCCGAUAUGAUAAACUUUUGG